AUGAUUACUCGUUGUGCACGGACCUGUGGCGCGUGUAGAGGAGGAUUACUUGGAGGCGCUCAACGAGGGAUUGGCAGGUUGCCUCUAGGAGGUAAUGGAAUUAUUCCUGGCGGUGUUGGCGGUUUAAACGGAUUAAAUGGAUUGGGUGGGAUUGGAGGGAUUGGAUGAAAAAGAAAAGAAAAUGAGAAGAAAAGAGAGAAAUACGUAAUUACUGCCCUUUCAAUGUGUUUCUUUGUAAAUA